AUGGCAUCAUCACCCGAACCAGACUCGCCCAUUCCAUGUCCAGUGUGCCAUGCAAAGGAGAUAAAGGUGUCCCAUCUUGAUCCCUUGGAGGUUCAAGACUUAACUAUUACCCUGCCUAGCACGGGAGAAGCAAUCUCCUUCAAGACGGCCACGGAAACAUUCAUGCAACAGCACUACCCAGACUUGCAGAAGACGUCUUACCGCGUGCCAGCUGCAUUCUUCUAUGACCACAAAGGGGAUCUGGAUCUGGAGACCAACGAAGACAUUCUAACUUCUCGGGACUGUUUAAGAGCACGGGGUUCUGCCGCUCGAUCCCCAACCGAAGUGGUCAUCGACCGAUUUCAGAAGGACGCUGUCGAAAAAGUGGUUCGGCGGUUACACGCAUGGAGCGCGGGUCGUGGGGAAGGCAUGAUGAUACUCAGUGAGUACAAGAUGCAAGACUAUCUCCGAGUAGCGACGAAAAGCGCCAAGAGCAAGAAACGGAAGAAACUGGUUGGCGAUCACGACGUCAUGGUCAUCCACUACGAGAGUGGAGUCGUGGUGUUCGUUCAGGUGAAGAGUGUGCGAGAAACCAGCGCCUGGAAGACAAUCCGUGGUAAGCUGAAGAAUGCCUGGGAACAAGCCAUCAAAGACGAGGGCGCAUUCCGAGAGUUAAACGCCGACAUGGGAGACUCCAUCUCCAAGGUGCAUGUCCUACGGUUAGUUGCUCUUCCGGAGCUUUCCAGCAGUCACCUGACGAGUAUGGGUGUUUGUGACUCCCACAGAGGCAGUGUCCUCACCAAAGAAAUAUUGCAGUCAGCUUCAGUCUUCGAUAAUUGGAUCAUUGAACACCUCAUCCGCAUCAAACAGCAGAAAGACUCGACAGGAUUCUCUUUGGGGACGUACACGGAGUUGUGCGGCAGGUACGUUGGGUUAGCCUCCGUCGUUAGAAUCCGUACUCUGCCCGAUGCUGUAAAGAAGGCAAGUGCUAAGACCGGGAAAAUCCUGCUGACUCCGGAGCAGAAAGAGAUAAUUGCAGUCGGCUCCAAACGACAGAUAAUAAUGGGAGAGUUCGGCACGGGCAAGUCAUUGGUCCUAGCAAAAAUGGCGGAGAAGAUAGUAGGGGUACAAGAAGGAGACUGUGUCGAUGAGGAACCAAAGAAGAAUACUGUUUUCAUCGUGUCAUGUACCGGUGUGUCUCACACUCGCACAAUGGGAAGGCUGCGUCGGUCUCCUUGCCACUUAGUAGCUCAUCUGAGAAAUCUGAUCUACGACCAGUCGUCGUCUCUGAAGAUCAUGUCGGUAGGUGGUCUCUUCCUCUACUGCUACCCUGAGCUCGACCCUUACCAUCAGCGACUCGAUCCCACCAAGAUGUCAGAGCUGACCCGAAAGAUCAUGUCAAUGCAUCCAGAGAUGCAAAUUCACAUCAUGUGGGAUGAGGUGCCGUUUAUACCUAAGUGGAACUGGAACCCACUUAAAGACCUUGCGGAGGAGCACCCAGAAACCUUCAUCUGGGUUACAAUAGCAACGGGCACCUACAUCACAAUGGAUUCCGGGAGUCCAACAGCUUGUGUCUCUCAGAAGAUACCCUCCAACUUUGCUGUCUCGCACCUGAAGCGGUGCAUGCGGAUGACGCGAAAUGGGUUCAAUUUCUACCGGGCUCUGCAGGAGCACCUUGGGGAUAAAGGCUGUAGCUCGACCAUCAGUGGGAACGCCGUGCACGGUGGUAUUCCUCUGUGGUAUUCCAUGCCUGACUGUGUCUGCAACACUUCAGAGCCACUGGACUGCACCUGCAUCCAGACGCGGCUGACUAACACUCUAGAGCGUGUGUGGGGCCUGCUCAAGGAUAUCAAUCCCUCUCAGGUCUCGAUCGUCGUUCGAGACAGCGAGUACCAAAUUGACAAGUUCUUGUUCGCCAAUGUCAAGCAAGCUUGCCGAAGUCUUGACAUUCCGGAGGAGCAGAGUCCGUCCACGGACCACCCUUCAAUUGCCCCUCCCUUCACUGCCCCUCCCAAUAUUUUCUCACGAAUGCCUGCCUUUUUGUCACGAGCGCCAUUUGUUUCAACACGAAGGUCCUUUUUGAACGUCGUGCAAACGUUGACUUGUGUCGCCAUAUUGAGAUCCCUACGUCCGAUUAUAGUACCCAUGAUCCAGUGUUAG